AAGCAGCUUUGCCCACAAAGCUGUGACACAUAGCAACGGCUAGAUUUUGUUUAGAUAUCAUAUAUUGCUGCAGUAAGCUUCAAAUCUCCCAACAUUUGCAUUUCACAUGCAGUUUAUCAUUUUCAUGACUACAAGCUAAGAAACUGUGAACGAGUGCUUGAGAAAAACUGACUUAUGUGUUUUUCUGUGUGUAUUUAUGCGUGUGUUUGCUCUGGAGCUGUGAAAUCUCCCAGCCACUGAGGCAGACUGUACCAUGUCAGACUUGCUAAUAGGGGAGGUUGAAGGCACUGACUGGAGUCCCAAGUGUUACCCCCUCUGACUUCAGCUGAAUUGGUACCUCCCUUGCUAUUUUUUCCAAAGGACACUCACUGAAGCUUCCGUGUCUUGUAUCCCCUCCCAAAUAUCGUUUCCUUCAACUCACCCCGAUUUCUAUAAUCCACACGCACACACACACCCCCCUACCUUCCCUUCUGCUCAUGUAUUUGGGGAGUCCAAAUCUGAGGCUUCCCAGGUUCCCAUAGUAUCUGCAGCCUGAGUGGUAAAGGGAGGGAAGGAGGUCUCCCUCGCUACUCUGCCUUUCUAUUGGUCUUCUAGCUUACCUCUUGGUGGCGUGUACUGGCCCACCCCUCCUCUCUCUCUAUCCCCGGCUCAGAUGCAGUUAUCCUGGCAGCAGCGAGGGAGGCUUUACAGACACUCUCUGCAUGGGUGAGGACAGCCGGUGGGUUAGAGGACUAGAGGAUAUCAGCGCCACCUCUAUCCUCUUCCCCGUUUCAUCUACUAGUGUCGAUUUGUCCUUGGGCAUAAAAAGAAAGACACCUGGUGAGGUGGAGGCUUGUUUCCUUGGAUGACUGGAUUGCCAAUGAGGCGGGCAUUCUGCGAGGACAUCAGAAAGUGAUCUAGAAGAUUUAGUUUUCUUUGUGUGGGAAGAGUGAGAGGGCAACCAUGGCUCACGCCGCGGCUCACAUUAAGAAGGCCAGGUCCGAGAUGGAUCAGCCUCCGGACCUGAAGGCUCUGGAGAAGGCUAGAGAGAGGAGGAGACGUUCCCGGGAACGGGCUGAACGCAAGCGCAAGUCGGACAGCAACACCAGUUUCCUGCGAGCGGCGAGGGCAGGGAACAUCGACAAGGUUUUGGAAUAUCUGAAAGGGGGAGUGGACAUCAGCACCUGCAAUCAGAAUGGUCUUAAUGCACUGCACCUGGCAGCCAAGGAGGGCCAUGUGGAUCUGGUCCAGGAGCUGCUGGAUAGAGGUGCAGCAGUGGAUUCAGCCACAAAGAAAGGGAACACAGCACUUCACAUAUCCUCUCUAGCUGGUCAGGUGGAAGUCGUGAAGAUCCUGGUCAAACGAGGAGCUGACAUCAACUCACAGUCUCAGAAUGGAUUCACUCCUUUGUACAUGGCUGCCCAGGAGAAUCAUUUGGAUGUGGUGCGAUACCUUCUGGAGAAUGGAGGCAACCAGAGCACUGCUACAGAGGAUGGCUUCACCCCUCUAGCCAUUGCCCUCCAGCAGGGUCACAACCAGGUAGUUUCUAUCUUACUGGAGAACGAUACUAAAGGCAAGGUCCGCCUUCCUGCCUUGCACAUUGCUGCCCGCAAGGAUGACACCAAGUCAGCUGCCCUGCUCCUCCAGAACGACCACAAUGCUGACGUCCAGUCGAAGAUGAUGGUCAAUAGGACUACUGAGAAUGGCAAGAGUGGAUUCACACCCCUGCAUAUCGCUGCCCACUAUGGCAACGUCAAUGUGGCCACCCUCCUGCUGAACCGAGGGGCAGCAGUCGACUUCACAGCGAGGAAUGGGAUUACUCCUCUACAUGUGGCGUCCAAGCGUGGCAACACUAACAUGGUUGGUCUGCUACUGGACCGAGGCUCUCAGAUUGAUGCUAAAACAAGGGAUGGUCUGACUCCCCUUCACUGCGCGGCUCGGAGUGGACAUGAUACAUCUGUGGAGCUGCUGCUGGAGAGAGGAGCACCCUUGCUGGCCAGGACCAAGAAUGGGCUGUCUCCUCUUCACAUGGCGGCACAAGGCGACCACGUCGAAUGCGUCAAACACCUUCUGCAGCACAAGGCUCCUGUUGAUGAUGUCACGUUGGACUACCUGACAGCGUUACAUGUUGCAGCUCACUGUGGUCACUACAGAGUCACUAAACUGCUGCUGGACAAGAGGGCCAACCCCAACGCCAGGGCACUGAAUGGCUUCACCCCGCUGCACAUAGCCUGCAAGAAAAACCGAGUGAAAGUGAUGGAGCUGCUGGUCAAAUAUGGAGCCUCUAUCCAGGCCAUUACUGAGUCUGGUUUGACUCCCAUCCACGUAGCAGCCUUCAUGGGUCACCUGAACAUCGUCCUGCUGCUGCUGCAGAACGGAGCCUCGCCUGACGUCAGCAAUAUCCGUGGCGAAACUGCGUUACACAUGGCAGCCAGGGCAGGUCAGGUGGAGGUGGUCAGAUGUCUGCUGAGGAACGGAGCAAUGGUGGACGCCAGGGCACGGGAGGACCAGACUCCCCUCCACAUUGCGUCCCGUCUGGGAAAAACAGAAAUUGUGCAGCUGCUGCUGCAACACAUGGCCCAUCCUGAUGCUGCCACAACCAACGGCUACACCCCCCUCCAUAUCUCUGCCAGGGAGGGGCAGGUGGAGACAGCCUCUGUCCUGCUAGAGGCCGGAGCGUCGCAUUCACUGGCUACCAAGAAAGGUUUUACUCCCCUGCAUGUGGCCUCCAAGUACGGAAGCCUAGAUGUAGCCAAACUUCUGCUCCAGCGUCAUGCUCCACCAGAUUCUGCUGGGAAGAACGGCCUCACCCCGCUCCAUGUCGCAGCACAUUACGAUAACCAGAAGGUGGCACUCCUGCUUUUGGACAAAGGAGCGUCCCCCCACACCAUGGCUAAGAAUGGCUACACUCCUCUCCACAUCGCGGCUAAGAAGAACCAGAUGGAUAUCGCCACAGUGCUGCUGCAGUACGGAGCCGAAACCAACAUCCUGACAAAGCAGGGUGUCACGCCGCUCCAUCUGGCCUCCCAGGAGGGCCACGCAGACAUGGCUGCCCUGCUCAUGAGCAAGGGAGCCCAGAUCAACAUCCCAACUAAGAGUGGCCUGACUGCCCUCCAUCUGGCAGCCCAGGAGGAUAAAGUGGCUGUUGCCGAGAUCCUAGCCAGAAACGGAGCCAACCUCGACCAGCAGACCAAAUUGGGAUACACCCCGCUCAUUGUGGCAUGUCACUACGGUAACGCCAAGAUGGUCAGCUUCCUGCUUCAGAAUGGAGCCAGUGUCAACGCCAAGACCAAGAAUGGAUACACUCCCCUUCACCAGGCAGCCCAGCAAGGAAACACACACAUCAUUAACGUGCUGCUGCAAAACGGUGCCAAGCCCAACGCUAUCACUGUGAAUGGUAACACAGCUCUGGGUAUUGCUCGGAGGCUGGGCUACAUCUCUGUGGUGGACACGCUGAGGGUUGUCACUGAAGAGAUCAUUACCACCACAACGACGGUGACAGAGAAACACAAGCUGAACGUGCCAGAGACCAUGACUGAAGUGCUGGAUGUCUCGGAUGAAGAGGGCGAUGACACGAUGACAGGUGACGGAGGGGAGUAUCUGAGGGCCGAGGACCUGAGGGAGCUGGGAGACGACUCCCUGCCGGGACAGUAUCUGGAUGGAAUGAACUACCUCCGCUUCAGCCUGGAGGGCGGACGCACUGACAGUCGAAUGCGAAGUUGUGACAGGUCCUUCACACCCACCCACCACAGCUACUACUCCCCUAAACAUGAAGGCAUGAUGGAUGAGAUGCUGAGCUGUCACCAGGUUUCAUCACUUGCCAGGGAGAAUGAGAGGGAUUCGUACCGUCUAAGUUGGGGCACAGAGAACCUGGACAAUGUGGCUUUAUCCUCCAGCCCCAUUCAUUCUGGCCAUUCCUCUCCGUGCCAUGAUCAUGGAGACCACAGCAGUUUCCUGGUCAGCUUCAUGGUGGAUGCCAGGGGCGGAGCCAUGCGUGGUUGUCGGCACAACGGUCUACGCAUCAUUAUCCCGCCCAGGAACUGCAGCGCGCCCACACGGGUGACGUGCCGACUGGUGAAGAGGCACCGUCUGGCCACCAUGCCGCCAAUGGUUGAGGGCGAGGGCCUGGCCAGCAGGGUCAUCGAGGUGGGGCCGUCUGGAGCCCAGUUCCUCGGUAAACUCCACCUUCCCAGUGCCCCUCCACCUCUUAAUGAGGGAGAGAGUUUGGUUAGCAGAAUCCUCCAGCUCGGCCCGCCGGGGACAAAAUUCCUUGGUCCUGUGAUUGUGGAAAUCCCCCACUUUGCUGCCUUGCGGGGGAAAGAGAGGGAGCUGGUGAUCCUGAGAAGUGAGACUGGAGAGAGCUGGAAGGAGCAUCACUGUGAACACACCCAAGAGGAACUCAACCAGAUACUCAACGGCAUGGAUGAGGAGCUGGACACACCAGAGGAGCUAGAGAGGAAGCGCAUUUGCCGUAUCAUCACUAGGGACUUCCCACAAUACUUUGCGGUGGUGUCGCGCAUCAAACAAGACAGUAAUCUCAUUGGUCCCGAAGGAGGCAUCCUGAGCAGCACAGUUGUCCCCCAAGUACAAGCAGUUUUUCCUGAGGGGGCCCUCACCAAGAGGAUCAGGGUCGGACUGCAGGCCCAGCCAGUCAGUAUGGAUGCAGUGAGGAAGAUCCUGGGGAACAAGGCCAUGUUCAGCCCCAUCGUCACCCUGGAGCCCCGCAGGAGGAAGUUCCAUAAACCCAUCACCAUGACCAUCCCUGUCCCCAAAAGCAACUCCGACCCGGUCCUCAAUGGAUUUGGAGGGGACACCCCCACCUUGCGACUGCUCUGUAGUAUCACCGGUGGAACGACGCCUGCUCAGUGGGAGGACAUAACAGGAACCACUCCGUUAACAUUCAUCAAUGACUGUGUCUCCUUCACCACCAAUGUGUCUGCCAGAUUCUGGCUGAUAGAUUGUCGGCAAGUCCAGGAGUCUGUCAACUUCUCCACCCAGGUGUACCGAGAGAUCAUCUGUGUCCCUUACAUGGCCAAGUUUGUCAUCUUUGCCAAGACCCACGAUCCCAUUGAGGCCCGACUGCGCUGCUUCUGCAUGACAGACGACAAGAUCGACAAAACCCUGGAGCAGCAGGAGAACUUCACCGAGGUGGCCCGCAGCCGAGAUGUAGAGGUCCUGGAAGGCAAACCUAUCUAUGCAGACUGCUUUGGAAACCUUGUUCCCCUUACCAAAAGUGGCCAGCACCAUCUCUUCAGCUUCUUUGCCUUCAAGGAGAACAGACUAGCACUCUUCAUCAAAAUCAGAGACAACACUCAGGAGCCGUGUGGCCGUCUGUCCUUUAUGAAAGAACCCAGGAACUAUAGAUCACUCACCCAAAAUGCCAUAUGCAACCUCAACAUCACCCUGCCAUCAUACAGCAAGGAGUCCGAUUCAGACCACGAGCAAGAGGAAGAGACCAGCAGAAUGCUAGAGAAAUAUGAAGAGACGGAGACAUCAGUCCUGAAAUCUGAGCUGAUUCGAGAACCAGACCUCCUAUCCGACGUGUCAGAGAUGAAGCAAGAUUUGAUCAAAAUGACUGCCAUCUUGACUGCAGACUCCACAGAGAAAUCACCUUCCUUAGGAGGGUGUGGUCUAGAGAAAGGGACUGAGGAUGUUUCUGGAGGGCCAUUAGAAAUAAUGGAGAAGGACUUAGAGAAAGUCAAAGAGGACCUAGAGAAAGUCAGCGAGAUACUGAGGAGUGGAACAUAUGAGGGUGAGGCAGCAGAGGAGGCAGCAAAAGCAGCUAGAAUGGCUGAAGAGUGGGUUCUCCUCUCAGACAGUGAGAUUCAGGAGGCCAAAAAGAUGGCAGCUUUAGAAAUUCAAGAGCCUAUCUUACGUGAAAGUAGAGCUAACAGAGGGGCUCCCAGACCCAAAGCCAUAAAGGACAGUGGUGACCUUAAAGAAUACCUCCUGGAUGCACCAGUAAGCUCCAAAAUAAAAGCUAAAAAAGAGCCAGCUGUCCAAGAAAGAUUCACUGAUGUUGUACUACGCAAAAGUUCAAAACCAACCUCUGCAACCAAAGUUCAUGACAAAACAGCUGCUGGUGAAGUUAAAAAGCCAGUCAGAAAGAAGGGGAAAGACCAGGUGCAGGCGGAGGAAUCAACAGAGACAGGUGCACUUUUAAGUGUGCCCACAGCCCCUGCCCCAGCAUCACCUGUGUCCCCAGUGGUUGAAGAAACUCCAAUUGGGUCAAUAAAGGACAAAGUCAAAGCCUUACAACAAAAAGUAGAGGCAGAGCAAAAGAGCAAAAAGGUCACUGGAAGCAAGCCUUCACAAUUGCCUAUUAUGAGCAAACCUUCUCCAAAAGCCAAAGAAAGCCCUAAAUCCAAACAGGUCCCACCUAAAUCCCCCAAAGCUGAAUCUGAAAAGCUUGAGGAGACCAUGUCAGUUAAAGAGUUGAUGCAAGCAUUCCAAACAGGGCAGGACCCCUCAAAGAGAAAGUCUGGGCUAUUUGAGCUCAAAACAUCCACUACAUCAAAAUCAGAGAAAACUGUCCAAUCAAAGUCCAUGACCAAGGCAGUAACCUCACGUGUCUCUCAAGAACAAGAAGUGUCUUUGGAUUCCAAACCUUGCAAGAAAGAGACUACUCCGCAAGAUAGAGAGAAAGAAACCAAGUCAGUCGCUGCCGCCCAUUCAGAGCUAACUGAAACUGUGGACUUUGGAAACGGUGACCUUGAUGAUAGCUCUGACAGCUUAAAACAUGAGGGUGUGGCGGACUCACUAAGUGCCAGUUCUGGAGAUGGAACCCCUCAUCUGAGCUCUGAGGACAGUUACAAACAUGAGGCUCUAGCAACUCCAGGCACAAGCCCAGAAAGUCUGUGUCCUUCUCCCAAAACUGGACAGCAGACCUCUACAACUUCGGCAAUAACUGUCACAACAGUCAAAAUAGAAAGUAAAGCCACUGAGAAGUCUGGAGACUCUGGUGUAGAGACCACUGGUGACCAGCUCUCUACAGAAUUGACCCUCCCUGUCUUUUCCAGCGAGGCUGCAGAUGACCACACUACAAGUGAGUCCAUAUCUGUUAAGAGGAGCGAGUCUAAGCCAUCUAAACCUCAAAAGCUAAUAAAGAGAGUUUCAGAAACUGUAGAAACUUUUCUUAGCGAUGACGAGAGCCCUGAUCGUCAGCUAGCUUUGUCUUUAGUUGGUUCUCCAGCCUCUAGAUCCUCUUCUCAGCGUCAUGAAGGCUUAGAGCUGCCUUUAAAACAGGACUCAGAUGCUCUCAGCCCAUUAGCUGAUGACUCUUUGACAAUAAGCCACAGAGACUCUCUAGAGGGUAGUCCUCUCAUGGAAGAGAACUCCUCCGAUAAGUCCCCAGACUCUAUUGAACCUAGCCCAACCAAGGAAUCGCCCCCUCAUGACUCCUUAGAGAGCAGCCCUGUAGAGCAAAAAAACCACCCAUCCUUCCCAUCAGCUAAAGGUGCACCCAGUAAAUCCUCUAGCCAUCCAGAGUCCUCCAAAGCUACAGAAUUUUCCCAAGAUGCUUUGCGUGGUAGGCUGCUUCGAGACCAUGACGCUAGUGCUGAUGAUGACAGUUGUGAGCAGACAUCUCAGAUGACAAGUUCUGCAGGUUUGCAUGACGGAUCGCACAGCAAAGAGGGCAAGAAAACAACAACAACAACAACAACAACAACAGCCAGUGUAACUUCAGAGGGACCUCACUCUGUCUCAGACCAGCACCAUUCAAAAUACAAACUGGAAACUACACAGGAACAAAGAGCCGAGCCAUCUGCUAGAGCUAAUAACAACAGUACUGCCAAAAAGGCUGCUGUAACACCGAACGCUGAAAACAGGACUGAUGAGCAAAAGGAGGAGAGCUUAAGGAAGUCAAAAGAAAGUGAAGGAGAUGAUAAUGGUGCUCAAGAGUUAGGUGUUAGCAAUCUGACUGGUACGCUAAAACAAGGUAGCAAUGUAACAGAUGAAGUAAAAGGAGAUCAAAAAGGGCAUACAGGUGCACCAGAGGCUGGACUCAGUGCAACUGCUGCCACAGGUCAAACAAAGGAAAUGUUCAAACCGGAGGUCUGUAUCUAUGACGACACAGAGGAGGAUGAUGAGGCACUGGAACCUCCCAGAACUGAGUCAAAAGGUGUCACUGCAAGGGUAGACACUGACUCAUGGUCUGCCAUGCGGGAGGAUGAUGCCACUUUUGCAGCUCGUGUCAAAGAGGAGGAACAGAAGAUACUAAAUUUGGUGGUGGACCGUCAGUCUCUGCAAGCAACUCCAGACACAACACCUGGUAGAACACCGACAGAAGAGAGCACUCCUACCAGUGAGCCCAACCCUUUUUUAUUCCAAGAAGGGAAGCUCUUUGAGAUGACCCGAAGUGGUGCUAUUGACAUGACUAAGAGGAGCUAUGAGGAAGAGGGGGGUGGCUUUGCCUUUUUCCAGAUAGGUGAACAGCCUUUAGAGGAGCUUCUCUUAGAAGAGGCCAGAGAGGAAGUCAUGAGGUCGGCAGAAGAACCUGAAGUCGGCCUCAAUCUAACACUGGAGGUUAAAACUGAAGAGACUGAGAAAUCAAAAGAAACAACUGAUUCUCAGCUUCAGUCCUCACCUGAAGGUGAUCAGCCAGCCUCUAAAGCUGAUGCCUCCAAAUCUAAAAUCCCUAAAAUGGGCAUUUCAGCUUCAGCCAAACCUACAAAGAAAGAUCAGACUUCACCUGAAGGUCUAGAAACUAAAACUGACAAAAAUGUAAAUGAAGGAUGCUUAGAUUUAGACACAAGUUCCCCUGACCAAAUGAUAACGAAUGUACAGACAGCAGAAACUACAGUCACUAGAUCAGUUUACUCUGAGCAGGGCCAAGAGUCCUCUGAUUCUUCUCCAGAGGAACCACAGUCAGUGAUAGAAGCACCCAAACCAACAGGCAAGUCCAAACAAAGUGCUUCCAGUAGUGUUAAAAAGACUCCGGUCAAAACACAAGCUAAGUCUGCUCCUCAAGGUCGGGGUAAAUCCACAAUUGCCUCUCCAUCUCAUGCAACCUCCUCCUCAAACACUCUUAAAAAAGAGGCCUCCUUCACUUCUGAGUCUAAAUCUAGAAUUCCCAUCAAGGCUAGUACUCUCAAGCCUGAUUCUACUGUCAAACGUGCUGAAUCUACCCAAAACAAAAAGCUUAAUGUCCCUGUAAAAAAGGAUACAAGGAGAAAAUCUGAGACAGACGCAGGUCCUUCUGUGGAAGUCAAAACCAAGACACCAUCUUCCAAAGCCAAGAGCUUCUGUGAGGGGGAGUCUACCAGGACAUCUGGUAAAAAAGAACAGGGUCGCCCCUUGAGUGCUGAGGCAGCAAAAUCUAAAAGCUUCCAGUCCAGAUUGCCAGUCCGAGGCAAAAGUGGGCAGUCGCCUCAUUCAUCUACACCCACUAAAGAGAAAAGUGAGCCAUGCAAACAGUCCAUUGAGUUCUUCGAAGAGAUAAGUGAUGAAGCAGCAAAACUUGUGGCAAGGUUAGCACAGGCAGAGACAGACAAAGAACAAGAGGCUGAUGCCGCCAACUCAGACGAUGAGAGCAGUCUCAUUGAUCCAUCAAUCAUAGAAAGAGAAACUUUCCCUGAGAUGCAGUUCCCUCCCUCAGGAGACGUCUUUCCCAUUAGACCACUGUGGGACGACCCUGUUGAGACACAGAUGCAGCGAAUCCCCGAUGAUAAAGUCCAAAGUCAAGUAGAUCCACAGGAUGAAGCAGAAAGAAAAGAGCAACGGUUGGCCAUUAUAGCUGACCAUUUGGGCUUCAGCUGGACAGAGCUGGCACGAGAACUGGACUUCAGUGAGGAAAGGAUCAACCUGAUAAGGAUUGAAAACCCCAACUCACUUCAAGACCAAAGCCACGCUCUUUUGCAACUCUGGGCAGAGAGGGAGGGAAAACAUGCCACAGAAACAAGCCUGAUCAAAAGACUGACUAAGAUCAACCGAAUGGACAUUGUUCACCUCAUUGAAACUAAGAUAAACAAGUCCACUCAGGAGGAGACAUCAUCACAUACCUAUGCAGAAAUAGAGCAGACCAUAGCACUGGAUCAUAGUGAAGGUUUCUCUGCCCUUCAUGAAGACAUCGACAGCCCCAGGUCAGGCAGGCGUACAGAUGCUACACGUAGGAGUCCAGGCUCAGGACAAGAGGUACCCAUGGUGUCAGCAGAGGACCUGUCUUCCAGUUUGUCAUCACUUCAUGAGACAAUGGGACGAUCAGACACAGGUUCCACUGCAACAGGCCUUCUUAAAAAUUCCCAGAAAGAGAAACUACAAAAAGAGAUGAAGACGGCAUAUUCAUCACAACGAGUAUAUGAGGAACUGACAGACACGGUACACACAGGCAAUUUUAAACAAGCGGAUAAUCUCCCAGAUAUCCCACCACAGACUGUCACAGAGGAGAAGUACACAGAUGAGCAUGGCAACAUGGUAGUUAAGAAAAUCACACGGAAGGUGAUUCGCAAAUAUGUGUCAGCGGAUGGCAUGGAGACACAGGAAGUGACCAUUGAGGGCUCUCACCAGGAGACGGUGCAGAUCGAGGAGGGAGACGCUGUUUCCAGAGUGGUGAAGAGAACUGUGCUUCACAGUGACGGAGAUCAGAAAGAGUUGACGUUCUCGGAGCCCCUGGCCCUGGGCGCUGCCACCGCAUCAGAGUUCGAGGUGGAGCCAGUGCAAGGUCGAAAGGUCAGCAAGGUUGUCAAGACAACAGUGGUGAGAGGCGAGAGGAUGGAGAAGCAUACUGGAGACCCCUCACUUGCUGCAGAUCUCCCCUCAGCCAGAGAGGACUUUGAGAAGGCAUUGAGUUAUGCUGGAGGCUUUGGGAAAGUACUCCUGCCUCAUGUAGUAGAGAAAGACAUUGUGCAGGACGACGGUUCUGUGGUUAAAAGAAGCCAGAUGCGUAAGUCGCGAACCCAGAAGAGGACUGUGGUGAGGGAUGCCCAGGGGAAGCACGUGCACCUGGAGCGUCUGGACGACCACCCAGACGCCCUGCGGCCCGACGCACUGCAGCAGCACCUGCACCGACUGCUCCAACGCUACUGUGAGGAAAACCAGGAAGAGGAGGAGGAGGAGGAGGAGGAGGAGGGAGGAGACCAGGAGGAGGAGGAGGAGAGCUUUGACUGAGCAGCUGCUUUCACAGAUCCUCUGCCUCCAUCUUAAAAGCCUUUAGUGACGUAUGCUUCCUCAGAUCAAGAUGUUCCAGAUCCCCUUCUCCUUGUCCUCGCUGAUCACUGGAUUGAAGUUUGAGGGUUUUUUUGUUGAAUAAAGGAACAGUAUUUUUGUGCUUUAACACUCUUCCUUCCUUCACAUUGUGUUUCAUUUGCUCUUUUUGUGACCAAAGAUAGCACCCUUCAUUUUUGUCGGAAGAUGGUUUUUGUUUCUACCUUUAUGUCUGCUGUGGUGUGAUUACGCUACGACUCACCGAAGGUGGGUCAAAGUCAAAGGGGGCAUCUCGGACGUUUCACCUCACGCACAGGCCUCUUCUUGAAGAACUCUUGUAAACAUUUGUACAUAGGAGACAAAAAAAUCAUGCUUAGACUGGGGGGAAAAGUCCGGAAAAAAAUUCAAAGCAUUUAAUACAUUAGCCCACCUAAACCUGCUGUACAUGCACCGAUUCAGCUGGAGAAUGGCCACCGUACAGAUGAGAUUAAUGUUACAUAGAGAAGAAAUUGGGAGGAGUGAAUGUGCGUAUCAUCAUGGACUCUUUAUACAACCGAACACCGCCCUGCUGACCUGUUUACAAAGGCUGUGUGAUCACACCUUUUGUCUUCCCAUGAUGCAUCUGCCCUUUUAUUUUGUUCGCGUCUGUCCUUCUAAUGCGUGUUGUGCAUUCACAUUUUACACGUCACAGAGCUGCCACCUCUGUGUGUAUAUACAGCGUGUCUAUGCCGUCUGUGUUUCGCCCUGCAACCUCACACGCGCUGCUUCUCCUCACCUCAAACUGCAGCCGUGCUCAUAUAAUGGUCCUCCAUCGAGCCUUUUAAAGGAAAAGUCUGGCCGCAUUGUUCUUGUCAACAAAUCCCACGUGCGGAGUCGAACCAACAUUGAAUGUAUCUGAUAACAAGUACUGUACGUGUGUGUUCUUCCUCUGUGCCAUUGAGCUCCAGCAACUAUUACGACACAUCGGUGAGCCUCACUGUUGCACUGGGUGACAUGUUCCUCCAUCACCAUGGACAUAUUUAGUUAAACGUAGUGGAGAAUGUGCGCCUAACCUGUUUCACAUGUGAAAGUCAGUUGUAAAACGUCAUGGUGAUGUCAUCAGGUUAUCUCCGCUUUGGGGUUGAAGACUAACAGGAAGCCUGUGUAACAAGCUGGAGGGGUGUGUAUCUAGCAGGGAGGGUCUAACAAAGAGAUGCCAUUGAGUUGCAUUAUGGGAAAUGUAAUGAUCUUUGGAAUUUGACUCAUACUAAGGGUAAGUAAGUAAAGUUUAUUCAAAAGAGAACCUUUUCACAGAGCACCACAAUAAAUUGUCAUAAUUUACCGUUAUCCCACAUUGUGGUUCAUAUCAGGGAGAAAAAAGUAUUAUAUUUGAGGAUUUUAGCUCGUCAUUGCUGCCCUGUUGUUUUUCCACCAAUUAACAUAUUUUACUUGUCAAUCAUGUGUGAUGCUGCAAAAUCAGUCGCUGUGUGCAGAAACUAUGUUUUGCUUUAUUUACAUGAUGAAACAUUUAGGCUACUUAAUUAGUUCUGUACAUUAGUGGGCUAUCUCGUCAUAAUCUGUUUUUUUCGAUCAUGAAACAAACAUGGCCAAAAGUGACAUGGCUCUAGCUGACACCAGAGAGGACAUUUCAAAAAAUGUUUCAUUGCUUCCUGAGUAAUGAAUGAAGUUAAGGCUGUGACUGAUCACUGUAAUUUAUUCUGACUCAGCCCCACAUGCACCGUUACCUCCUGUUAAUUUGACACAGUGAGCCUUUUUAAAAGAUGAAACAAUCUAUUUAUGAUUAGUUUUUAAGGCUUUACAUCUUCAAUAGGAACCGAUGGGCUCGGGGGCUGAGAGCCACAGACGGGGCAGGGAAGUCACAUUGGUGGUUUUGGUCUUUUCAUGGGGUUUGUUGACAAUAAAAAACUACAGAACAACACCAGACUUGUCCUUCAGGUUUAUGGACACCACACAUAACAGAUAUGCUUUGCUUUCAUUGCUGUUGUUCUUGUUAUCACUGCUAUCAGGAUUAAACUUCCACUGACUUCAUCACAUACAAACUUCCUUAUUUAUUUAUUACCGUCCAUUUGUGAUAUCUGUUUACUCCAGCAGUUGAAGCUGAGAGUGGUGUGUGUGUUUGAAUGUGUUCUAAAGCUAAAAGUAAAGACAAAUGAAGACUUUUUUUGCCACCGUAGAUGUAGAGGAUUUGCCGGUUGAAUUGUGUACAGACUGAUGUUUGGUGUUCAUCUACAGACUUUAUCUAUGUAACAAUACGAUCCUCACGUUGCCAUUUAUUUUGAGUGUGAUCCAAUGGAACAAUAAAAGAAAUGUCAAAAAGAGAUCGUUGAUUUGAUAUAUGAGCAUCUUGUUUCCAUGGUGAUAAAAAUAUAUACAUAUUAACAGCGCAAAUAUCUACGCGGGCAUGUAUGACGUUAUCAAAUUAUUACUAAAACGUUAACCUGAAACGCUAACAAGGCAUAGCAGCUGCAGUGUGUACAUGGCGGAACAAUAAAACUGUACAUGUGUCAAA